AUGAGAGGCAUGCUGUCACGUGGUUCGGAUGGACAGUGGGCAGUCAAGGCCCCCUUGACCCACUACUGGCUCUCCAUCGGCUCAGUUAUUUUAUCUGAGCUCACUUUGGCUGCAGGGCACUUGGCAGUGUUCCUCAGCAAGUGCGUCGUCCUGCGUCCAAGCAUCGCCACUUACAGCAGCAUUAUUAAUGGUGCGCUGUCCCUGUUCUGGCAGAUCUUCACCCGCAGCACAGACUAUGAUCGGACGCUGAUGAGUGCGGAGGCCAACCUGGCAGGCCUGUAUCCCCCAGAGGGACAACAGAUGUUCAACCCUAACAUCUCCUGGCAGCCUAUCCCUGUGCACACAGUGCCUGAGUCCGAGGAAAGGCUACUGAAGUUUCCUUUGACCCCCUGUCCACGGUAUGAACAGCUACAGAAUGAAACACGGCACUCAGCAGAAUACAUAAAUAAGACCAAAGAGAAUUGGCAAUUCCUGCAGAUGGUGGCAAAUGAGACUGGGAUCCGGGAUGUCUCUCUUGAGUCUGUUUGGAGUGUGUAUGACACACUGUUCUGUGAACAAGCACACAAAAUGGAUUUGCCUGUAUGGGCGACACCAGAUGUCAUGACUCAAUUGAAGCAACUAAAAGACUUUGGUUUUGAAUUUCUGUUUGGGAUCCACAAUCGGGUAGAAAAAGCUCGUCUGCAAGGUGGGGUCCUGCUGGAUCACAUAAGGAAAAACCUAACCAAAGCAGCAAAUGUUUCUGCCCACCAGAACCUGAAACUGCUUGCCUAUUCAGCGCAUGACACCACACUUGUGGCACUGCAGAUGGCUCUAGAUGUCUACAACAAGAUUCAAGCACCAUACGCCUCAUGUCAUUUAUUUGAGCUGUACCAAGAGGAUGAUGGUAACUUCUCUGUGGAGAUGUUUUUCCGGAACGAGAGUGGGAAGGAACCUUUCCCACUGACAAUCCCUGGCUGUCAGCAUAAAUGCCCGCUGCAGAGAUUCUUGGAACUCACAGAUCCUGUUGUUCCUCAGGACUGGGAGCAAGAAUGUCAGGUAGCAAGCAGCAUGCACGACACAGAACUGUUUGUGGGUCUGGCUGUGUGUGGAUCCAUUCUCCUUCUCCUUAUAAUCCUCCUGUUGACUGUACUCUUUCGCAUACAGUCUCAGCCCCCCGGCUACCGGCAUGUUUCCAAUGAGGGAGAAGAGCAGGCCUGACAGUUGCUUCAACUCCUUCCCAGGCAGUAGGAGGGAGCAGUGUUGCCCCUAAGGAUGAUUGGGCACCUUCAGUUACUGAGCAUUCUUCUGCUGUGGCCAUUGCCUCCCAGAAUGAAACUGGACUUGAUUUUUGGAUGCUUUCUAAAGGUGACGUCCCAGAGAGAGAGGACUGAGCUACUCUAAUGGAAAUUACACCUUAAUUCUGAAGCCAGUAUACUGUGUGGUGCCCCCAGUCCUCAUACAGCUUACCUAAUCUGGGAUUCCCAACAUGGCCAGUUGGAGCUGGUCAAGAGUUUUCCUCCUUUCAGUGAUUGUAAAUGUUACCACUCACCACGACUGUGGCAGAGGGGCUUGGGCCUCCAGCAGCUGCCACAUCCAGUGCAGUCAGGAGUUGCAUCUCUCUUCAGGGUCAACCUGCUUUGAGUGCUUUUCUCUCGAGCCAUUGGGCUGAUGAUGGUGGGAAGGCUGGGCUUGGAGCAGUGGGCCUAGCUCACCAACAAUGCACGAGACUCAUCUACUGUCCAUGCAGAGGGAACUGCUGCAGAUGAUGGCAGACAGUGAAAAGUGUUUCUUGAGGCUGCUGCUAAGCAACUAGUUGCUGCUGGCAACUAGCCUUUUUUUCCCUCCUUACAUUUUGGUUCAAGAGAGAACUGGCCUGGAAUCAGGACUGGAUUGAAAACCCGGCAGUAGUUUCUAGCAUUCAGCUCAGAGUAGAUUACCUAUGAUCCAAAGAAGCUCCAAGAGCUUCAUCAGAGAGAUGAAUUCCUGUGGCCAUAGCAAACCUGCACCCAAUUCCUUAUGCAAGGUUGGCUCUAGAAAGGAGAGUCCCCGUAGAUAAGAAACUUGAGCCCUGUCUGAAGAUUCAGGCUUUCAAUUUGACUUCCCCACCUCUGAACUUCAAGUACCUAUUACAGGGAAUAUCCAGUACUACAGGCAGUCCAGGUUUCAGCUACAAGCCCAAGGAAUAUGCUUUACUAGCAGAAUGUUUUUAUGCUGUAAUUAAAGAGAUGUAGCAGAGCUGUUUACCUGAGACUAGAUUAAAUGCCAAGUUCUGUAGUUUUUGUUCCUAUCUUCCCUACUGGAUGGACAACAAACAAACAAAAAAACCCUGUUAAGGAUUGGAGUUUGCAGAUGACUCUGGAUCCCUUUAUUUGCCACGCUUUGGCAUUUUGUCCGAAGUGUGACUCUUCCUCCAGGCUGGCCUCUCUGUGCGCACUGCAGCUGCCGCAGGGAACAUCAUGCCAAGUGCUCACCACCUGCGUUGUAGCUUUUGGCAGAAAAUGAGAGACUGCAGCAGGCACCAGAAGCACAGGCUCUUCACAUGGUGAUGCUGCACAUUCACUUCCCACUUUUACUUCCCUUUCUGGUGCAGUUCCCUUCCCCUCUUGGCGGCAGAAGCCAGUUAUUAGGUUACAGAUAUUUACUUUUCUUCCCCUAUGGAGUACCGUGGGGACUUUUCCCUACCCCAUAAUCGGCAUCUGCCAGUAUGGGAACUCUAAAUCAGCAGAAGCAGCUUGCUGUUCUCAGCAUCUUCCUCACCUUUUUGUCCUCUGAAGAUAUAAUCUAGGUCUCCUGCACAGCAAGACAGUCAUAAAGAAAAAGCUACUGCCUGUGAGAACAGGCACAAGAAAGAGGCAAUAGUGCAUUUAAGAGGACCAGACCUGUUAUUUUUAAAGGCAGCAAAUUUUGCACACACAGAGGAAAGGUUUCUAUGAUGAUUUAGACAUUUUGACUGUGAAUGACUUUCUGUAAUUGUUCCAAUACAUUUCCUUUUCAUUAUUAAAAUCAAAUUCACACU